UAGAUGGGAUGCUGUCCCAUGAGAAUGAAGAAGUGAGAGAAAGAGUGAGUGGACUGGAAAAGAGGGUCCUCCAACAAGAAGAUGAGAUUAUAUGCCUUAAGGCAGCACUCUCUGACUGUCUCAGACGGCUCCAGGUGAUAGAGUCAGGAAGAUCUUUACCAAAUAAUAUCCUUCCCUCAAAAUCCCCAAUGAUGCGAUCCAACCCUCGCAAAACAUCAUCCAGACAAAGUAUGAACAGAUCCACAGAGAGCUUAUCGUCAACUGGGCGUGGCACCCCCACCCCCAAUAGAGUGGUCCCCAGAAUGUCAACAGGCAGCAUGAAGAAAUGGCCUUCGAUGCCGUCCCAGACAGAUAUACAAAGCAAUGAUGUAACACCUACGAGAUUAAAUACUAGCGGCUCUAUCUCUAUGACGAGUCUUACGGGACGAUAUACCUCCACACCAACUAGGCCUCGCUCAAAGGAGACAACUUUUAAUUCAGAGGAGCGAUGUUUGAAGAUGUACCUGCGUGGGCGUCCCAUCUCUCUCUAUGCCCCAUCAGAUCUAGAGGAUUACAACAUGAGUAAGGUUGGGGAGCCACCUACAGAAAAAUUAAAAUUGGAAUGGGUAUAUGGGUAUAGGGGGCGUGACUGUAGAUCAAACCUCCAUCUAUUGCCAACUGGAGAGAUUGUUUACUUCAUUGCUGGUGUGGUUGUGUUAUAUAAUGUAGAUGAACAGAUGCAAAGACACUACCUAGGACAUACAGAUGACGUAAAGUGUCUUGCAGUUCACCCAGAUAAAAUUACCAUAGCAACAGGACAGGUUGCAGGCCAUGACAAGAAAGAGAGCAAGAGAAAGUUACGGGACCAAAUAGAUGAUUUUACAGAAUUCCCAGAAACCUGGCCUCAUAUAAGAAUCUGGGACUCAGUCAGCCUCACUACCUCACAUGUCAUAGGAAUAGGGGAAUUUGACAGAGCUGUAUGCUGUGUGGCUUUCUCUAAAGCAGAUGGCGGACAGCUGCUGUGUGCUGUGGAUGAAGCCAAUGAGCAUGUGCUGUCAGUAUGGGAUUGGCAAAAAGGAGAGCGGGGGCAGAAAAUUACAGAAACCAAGAGUUCCAUGGACCCAGUGCUGGCUGCGGAAUUUCACCCAUAUGAACGUAACCAAAUAAUUACCUGUGGUAAAGGCCAUCUGUCAUAUUGGACUCUAGAUGGCGUUGCGUUAACGAAAAAGAUGGGAGUAUUUGAUAGAAAUGAAAAACCCAAGUAUGUGCUAUGUUUAGGCUUUAGUGAGAGUGGAGACCUAAUCACUGGUGAUUCUAACGGCAAUAUUUUUAUAUGGGGUGAUCACAAAGUUACCCGGCCAAUCGUAGGAGCCCAUGAGGGAGGGAUAUUCUCACUGCUUGUCAUGAAAGAUGGCACUAUUUUAUCUGGCGGAGGGAAGGAUCGAAAAAUCAUCAAGUGGGACUCUAGUUAUAACAAGAUUGGUUCUGCCGAGCUUCCUGAACAGUAUGGUCCUGUGCGUACACUGAGUCAAGGCAAGGGCAGUAUGGUGCUAGUGGGAACCACACGUAACGCAAUUCUCCAAGGCAGCAUAGAUUUUGAAUUUCAACCCAUAAUUCAGGGGCAUAUGGAUGAACUAUGGGGUCUGGCAGUGCAUCCAAACCAGCACCAAUUCUUGACCUGUUCCUAUGACAAAACUGUGUAUCUGUGGGAUGCUCUUACUCACACUGCUGUUUGGAACAAAGAACUCAAUGAUGGUGCCCACUCCGCAUGUUUCCAUCCAAAUGGUCAACUGGUUGCUAUAGGAACCCAAUAUGGCCGCUGGAUUGUGCUUGAUCUUACAAGUCGUGACAUCGUUACUGUGCACACGGAUGGCAAUGAACAAAUAGAAUGUCUUGAAUACUCCAAAGAUGGAGGGCACCUGGCAGUGGCCUCUAGAGAUAACAUUAUAUAUGUCUACCAAGUCUCCGAUGAUGGAAAGAAAUAUUCACGCAUAGGCAAAUGUCAGGGUCACUCCAGUUUUGUGACUCACAUUGAUUGGUCCAGUGAUAGUCAAUACUUACAGAGUAACUCAGGGGACUAUGAGAUAUUAUACUGGAAUGCUGGGACAUGCCGUCACAUCACAUCGCCAACAACAAUGGCCAAUGUAGAAUGGGCGACACAGUAUUGCACGUUGGGAUUCUCUGUAUGUGGAAUCUGGCCAGAGGGCGCUGAUGGAACUGACGUCAAUGGUUGUGCAAGAUCAAACAAACAUCAUUUACUUGCAAGCGCUGAUGAUUUUGGCAAAGUGAAAUUAUUCCGUUACCCAGCAUGCCAGACUAAGUCUGCUUGCCACAUUUAUGGAGGACACAGCAGUCACGUAACAGCUGUACGAUUCCUCUACGAUGACUCCCGUCUCCUCUCUGUAGGAGGUAAAGAUAUGGCUGUCAUGCAGUGGGAGGUCUUAUAAUAAGCAAUAGUGUUAUCCUGCGUCUUAUAAAGUGAGCAACAGUGGUGUGCUAUGUUGCUAUGGCAGCACAUAUAAUGAAAACAGUGUCAAGGGCAUUGUCCUUGGUAGCAGGGAUACAAAUAUGAGCUGGAUUAUGUGGAAAAUACCAGAUGGCUCACUAGACUACAAGAUCUUGAAUUAUGUCAAAUCGAAUAGAUUGCUUGCAUAAUAUAUUUAAUUUAUUGGCGGAUGUUUGAGUGAACCCUUUGUCCAUUGUUGUAAUGAGAUAUUUCUUGUUGUUUGUAAGCUGAACAAAAAUUCCUAUGUUAAAUGUCAAUAUGAGGAAAUAACCCCGACCUCUAUUCAAUCGUCCCAGUUUUCCAUUUCUGCAGUAUGAAGACGGUAUUAUGGAGAAUCUUUAUCAUGGAGAAUUUUCACUUAGGUAAAAUUUGCCACGGAUUUUCAUUAUCAUUAACCAAUUCUUAAAACCAAUACAAUCGUGAUCACAAUUAAAACAGCAGUGAAACAUGUAAGAAAUUUAUCUCAGUUGUUUUACUGUUUUAAUAGUUCACUAAUUUCUCUUGCUGGAACUUGCUGGAAACUUGGAGGGGUGCCAAUUAUAACAUUACACCAUAUGUGUUCAAUUAUAAAAAGAAUCACAAGCUUUAUGUUAAAGAAAUUUAUCACGGAUUUUCACUAUCCAUGUGGAUUUUGAAUUUUAUGAAAAAUUGUAUAUUAUUGAUUAAAUAAUGCACUACAUACACUACUGUACAUGUUUAGUAAGUAAAUUAGCUACAUAUAUUUAUUAUCAAUUUACAUUAGAUACUGAAACAUGUUGGUGUUGUAGUAAUAGUUUAUAGUUAAGAAUUAAUAAUGUAUUUAACAUUGUAAAAAUGUACAUAAAAAUAUUUACUUUUGAAUGAUUUGGUAGUUUGUGUAUGAAAAUACUAGCCAAGCAAAGACGGUAUUUAUUUACCAUAUGUUACCAGCUCCCAUAGUGAUAUUCAAUUUAUAUUGGUUGAAUUGAAUGCUAAUGUAAGUAAAUGACACAUUCAAAAUAUUUUUAAAUUACUGUGUAUGAUAGAUAUUGGUAGUGAGAAAUUGGGUUUCUAGAAACAUAUAGGCUGCCCAUGUUAAUUAAAACAUGUAUUUUUGUCAAUUAUCAUAUUAGACUUUUAAUUGAGAGUUCAUAUAUGUAUACUAUGUGGGGUAGAUUUCACUACAAAAUGUUUAAAUUUGCAUUUAUGUUAAUGUAUUUAUAACUGCUAGACUUGCAACCUUUUUAACACAACUUUCUUGCACACAAUUUUUGGGACAAUAUUUUUAUGUCCUGCCCAUUAAUUAAUUAAAAUCACCAGACAAGAAUUAUAUAAUUUAAAAUAUACAGGGUGAGCAAAAUGUAUCCCAUUCUGAACUUACAAGAAUGUAAUAAAAGUAAUAUGUUUGGGCCCACCCUGUAUUUCACCAAGCAAGAAUUAUAUUUAUGUAUUUUACCAAUUUCAAUGUUACAGUUUGAAAGACAAAAUAAGGCUACAUUGUUAUUACAUAUGUAUUUCUGAAAAAUAAUCCUUGCCAUGGUGGCAGUUGUCAUGCAUGGAUGACACUUUUUGUACAUGGGUGACAUUUAUCAUACCUUUGGUGGCAAUUGUUGUGCAAAGAUGAUACUUGUUAUACAUAGGUGACAAUUGUUAUACAUGGGUGACCAUUGUUUUGCAUGGGUGACAUUUGUCAUACAUGGACAACAAAUAUUAUACAUAGGUGACAAUUGUUGUACAUGGGUGACAAUU